AUGCAGACAAUUGAAUCGCCUUUUCAUCUCUUUCAACACGUUUCGCAUAAAUUCCUCUCCUCUCAGCUAAACCUCCGUGUCCGUGUGGUCGAUGAAAUAUCUCCUUACAAACAUCCAACACCAGAAUCUAGUUCUUCUCAUCCACAAGAUUUAAUAAAAUAUAGUACCUCUUCUUUUGAUGGAUCACAAGGAACUAGGAUUCUGUUCAAAUCUUGGAAGCACUUGAAAACUGAUCUUUGUUGUUUCUUCAAUUUGAAUUGGAUAACACAUUUUCCAUAUCUUCUUCAAUGGUUAAGCAACAGUGACAACAAUCUUAAGGUUCCUCGAUUCAUCUAUUGCUGGCUGCCAUUCAAGAAGGAGCAACCGAAUGGAAUGAAAAUUGGGAUAAAUUUGAAGACGAAGUUGCUAGCAUUCUUUGGUUCGGCUUGAGGAUUGCAAUGGCCUUUGGCCAGAUUGCAAUAUUCCUGAAACAUGGUCUGGAUGGAGAUCCUUUGGAGUUAUGAAGCUGUUCUAUGCCUUUUCAACGAUUUCAAAGCUCUUCGAGUAUGUUUUUGAAAAAUGCAAU